AUGGCGUUAGGUGGUCUCACCAAUAUGGGACUGCGGAUGGGCUCGCUCGUCUGCUAUAUCUUUACGUUUAUUUCGGCCAUUAUUGUCACUGCCGUUGUCGGUAACCUUUUACAAAAAUUUUCGAACCGAAAUGCUGUCAUUACCAUGGUUGUUUAUCUUGUUGGAGCGAUUGCACCAUGUCUCCCCAAAUAUGGAGGCAUUUUGGCACCUUUGCAUCUCGUCUUCAGUUACCUCUGGCUCGUGGCAUUCGUCUUUGCCUCGCUGAGCUGGAGCCACAACCGAUGCCGCAAUUCGUUCCCGGCCCCCGGCAACUGUAGCAAGAAGCACGCAAUUCAAGCAUGGCUUUUCAUUGGAUUCUUCUUCAUUCUGUGCAACCUGCUCAUUGAAGUCUUUCUCAUUAGAGCUCACCGACGAAAUGCCGUCAACGAGCCCAGGCAUCACCACCACACCAAGGAGCGACCUGAUUCUACCAUUUCUGGAGAAACCGGUACUACUGCACCUCCACCUGUCGCAGGUACGGGAACUCAUCACAUGGGAGGCCAGCACAUGGGAGGCCAGCAAUUGGGAACCCAGCAAAUGGGAGGCGAGCACAUGGGAACUCAGCAAACCCACAUGGCCGCCCCAACCACCACCGCCGCCGUCUAA